CAAGCAACUCCAGAAGCCAUUGAAUACCACCCAAGAUGUCUACACUUUCCAGAACUCUGCGCAAUUUGCGCAAAACUGGCAUCAAGGUAUGCGAAGUAAUUUCAAAGUCUAGAGAGUUUUACUAACGUGUUUUGUGUAGGAUGCCCUUCAUCAAAUGCAGGUACGUUUAUAACGCCCCUCCACAACAUCGAACGAACCGCCUCGCUGAACAUCGCCUCUUUCUUCUAGCACCAAGGUAUUUCUAUAAUGCGGCUCGCGGACACGGAUGGGACUUACAGAUGGAAUAGGUGACACCAAAUGGGGUACCUUGAUUGGCCAAGAUAGAUUCGGCAACAAGUACUUUGAGAACUUGCAAGACGAGUUACCACGUCGGUCUUCCUCUCGCCCUUCCCAAACAAACGCUCAUAAAAUAUACAGUGCGAACAAGAUGGGUUGAUUACAAGGAAUACAUGUUCGAGCCGUAAGGACCCUCCAUCCAUGCGCAUUCCUGGAAGGGGGACUCAUAAACCAACCAGAUCACAAAUCGAGCCUGGAUGGCACGCCUGGAUUUCUUACUCAGUGGAUAAGCCACCUACUCAAGAUCCGCUCUUGCAGACUGGGGUUCGUCCUUGGGAGUUGAAGGAACAUCGUCCUAAUCUGACUAUGAGUCGCGCUGCUUACAAGCCUUACAAUACGUAUGUGAAAUACUUAUCAAUUGCGGAAGAUUGGGAGGGACUAAUUGAACUUUAGUGUUAAGCCAAAACUUUCUGCUUGGAACCCGGUUGCUGCGGCUAGACAAUGAUUUUGGGGGUUGGUAAAGGUAUGAUAGACGUUGGAGAUUGUACAUAUCGGUUCAGCA